AUGGAUUCCCAUAGCUUGAGGGAAGAUCUUCGUCUUUUUCAGAGCACUUUGCUCCAAGAUGGACUGAAAGAGCUUCUGAAUGAGAACAAGUUGAUCGACUGCAUCCUAAAGGUCGGAGACAGGAGCAUCCCCUGCCACCAGCUCAUUCUGGCAGCAUGUAGUCCAUAUUUCCGGGAGCUUUACUUCUCCAUGGAUGGUGAGGAAGUGGGCAAAAGAGACGUUGUUCUGGAGGAUCUGGACCCUAAUAUUAUGGAGGCAAUUGUGAAUUACAUGUACUCAGCAGAGAUUGACAUCAACGACAACAAUGUGCAGGAUAUUCUGACUGUUGCCAACCGCUUCCAGAUCCCCUCGGUGUUCACAGUUUGUGUGAAUUAUCUCCAGAACAAGCUGACCAAGAAGAACUGCCUCGCUGUCUACAGGCUGGCACUGAUGCUGAACUCCCAAAGGCUGGCAAUAGCAGCUCGAGACUACAUUGCAGAUCGGUUUGAGAUCAUGUCCAAGGAUGAGGAUUUCUUAGAGCUUGCCUCACAUGAACUCUUUGCUAUUAUUGGAACAGAUGCAUUGAAUGUAGAAAAAGAGGAGUUGGUGUUUGAGACCCUCAUGCGAUGGAUCAGGAAAGACAAAGAGAAGCGCGUGAAAUCUUUAGAAGAGGCCUUCGAGUGUGUUCGUUUCCGCCUCCUCCCAGAGAAGUACUUCAAGGAAAAGGUCGAGAAGGACGAACUCAUUAAGGCAGAUCCUGAGAUUCUCAAAAAAAUCAAAGUCAUCAAGGACGCCUUUGCAGGGAAGCUGCCUGAAAAGACAAAGGGUAAAGAGGAUGAGGAAGGACAGGAGGGAAAGCUGCCUGGAUAUCUGAAUGAUAACCGCAGAUAUGGCAUGUAUACCAAAGACAUGGUGCUGAUGAUCAAUGACACGGCUGCUGUGGCCUACGAUGGAGUGGAGAAUGAAUGUUUCCUUGCUGCGAUGGCCGAGCAGAUCCCCCGAAACCACGUCAGUCUGGCGUCAAAGAAGAACAAUCUCUAUGUUUUGGGAGGACUGUUUGUAGAUGAAGACGAUAAUGAAGCCCCACUGCAGUGUUACUUCUACCAGCUGGACUGUCUUUCUUCUGAAUGGAUUGCUCUGCCUCCCAUGCCCUCCCCCAGGUGUCUGUUCGCUAUGGGGGAAUGUGACAAUCUCAUCUUUGCAGUAGCAGGGAAAGAUUUACAGUCCAAUGAGUCUCAUGACACCGUUAUGUGCUAUGACACUGAAAAAAUGAAGUGGACUGAAACAAAAAAAUUACCUUUGAAAAUCCACGGCCACUGUGUGGUCUCAGAGAAUGGACUGGUGUAUUGUAUUGGAGGAAAAACAGAUGACAAUAAAGCCACCAAUAAGAUGUUUGCAUACAACCACAAGAAGUCAGAGUGGAAGGAGGUAGCUUCAAUGAAGGCUCCCAGAUCGAUGUUCGGGGCAGCUAUCUACAAAGGGAAUAUUAUUGUGGUUGGAGGAGUCAAUGAAGAAGGCCUCAUUGCUUCUUGUGAAGCCUAUGACUUUGGGACCAACAAGUGGUCACCCUUCACAGAGUUUCCUCAGGAGAGGAGUUCAAUCAACCUGGUCUGUAGUGGAGGGCUGAUGUACGCAGUAGGAGGCUUCACCAUGAUGGAAAAUGAGAACAAAGAGUUUGCGCCCAGUGAAAUCAUUGACAUUUGGCAGUAUGAAGAUGACAAAAAACAGUGGACAGGGAUGAUUAAAGAGAUGCGCUAUGCAGCUGGAGCCUCCUGUGUGUCCAUGCGCCUGAAUGCAGCCAAAAUGCCCAAACUGUAACAACAGUUCAGGGUCAUACAACCA